AUGACUCCGGACACUGAUACGUCCUUGCGUCGCUGCCCGCGGCGUGUACAUGUGCGCUGCUCCCGGCCCGUGCUCCAGCGUGCUCCAGCGUGCUCCGGAGUGCUCCAGAGUGCUCCAGCGUGCUCCGGAGUGUUCCAACGUGUUCAAGCGUGCUCUAGCGUGCUCCGGAGGGCUCCAGAGUGCUCCAGAGUGCUCCAGUGUGCUCCAGAGUGCUCCAGAGUGCUCCAGCGUGCUCCAGCGUGCUCCAGCGUGCUCCGGAGUGCUCCAGAGUGCUCCAGCGUGCUCCGGAGUGCUCCAGAGUGCUCCAGCGUGCUCAGGAGUGCUCCAGUGUGCUCCAGAGUGCUCCAGCGUGCUCCGGAGUGUUCCAGCGUGUUCAAGCGUGCUCUAGCGUGCUCCGGAGUGCUCCAGCGUGCUCCAGAGUGCUCCAGCAUGCUCUAG